AUGACAGCAACUUUAAGAACAACAAAAUACAUGCACUAUACAUUGCCCGACAAUAUUGGCGAAGAAACGAUUGUAAAUGAAUACUUUAAAAAAGUCGAAGCUCAGUACUGGCAACUUAAGCAUUACCUUAACUAUCGUCUUAGAAAUGAAAGAGUAAUCAUACCUUGGGUACAAAUUUAUGUAGAUUGGUUACAAUCGCUUAAAAACAUUAGGGAAACAAACUAUAAAGGAAUUCCGGGCUGUGUAUCUUCACUAUGUAUCGAACUACUUAACGUAACUAAUAGCUUUGAAGGUGUUUCGGUCCUAGAAAGUUGCAUGCGGUGGUAUAAUAAAUUCUAUGAGCGUAAUUUCGUUUUACAGUUCGCAGAAAGAGUACGGCAAUUAGAAACAGAUAUAUUACAUUGUAACUUUUCAUCUCAGAGAAUGGCAGGAUUAACAAAUGAGAGAGGUCUAGUUGAACCGCAAUCUUCAAUGAUUAGUGCGACAAAUGAAGAUGGUGCAUCAAUAUCACCCAGAACGUGUUUUAACAAUAAUGAAACAAGUUCAUGGGAAGGUUGUGAAAAAAAUUUAAACGUUGAUCAAGAUCAGGAAAUUAAAGCCGAAGAUGAAAAUGAGAAUACGAUAUGUGUGAAGAGUAUCCUAGAAGACACGAUGAUAGCAUCAAAAGUUGAAAAAGAACUCACCGAUUUAUUUUUUAAAAACUUCCCUAAAAUGCCGAUUAUGGAUUUACGUCCAAAAUCAAAGCUUUCACUAUCUCUGAACCCUGACCUUCAAAAAGAAUGCUCGAGGUUGGAUGAUGCUAUCAACAAUACAAUCAUUAGUAAUACCGAUUCAGAUAUUUUAAUGAAUACAAAAAAACUAAUGAAGGAAACAUUGCCAAAGUUUUUAAAGGCAUUUUCAUUAACUACUCUUAACCCAUUGAAAGACAUAACUAUUUUAGAGAAACCGCACUUGAAUCAGUUCGUACACCUAAUUAUAGACUCGGCAUUGUGGAUCUUUGCGAAAGUUAAUUAUAUAUACGGAGAAAUACCUUUGAAAGGUAUGAAAACUAAAGUACGUGCGGACGGUGUAGGAUUUCUUAAUGAUGCUAUCAAUUAUCCCAUUGUCUGUGGUGAAGGAGCGAGGCCUGGAGCAUCACAACAAAAAAGUGUUGAUGAUGAUGUAAAAAACGCAAAAGCUGAUGCUCGUCGACAACUAUUUACGGACUUGAGAACAUAUGGAAUUACUGCGUUCAAAACUGAGGCACACACAGAUUGUUCGAAGUCGAUAAUUUCGGCCUACCCAGGGAUUGGGCUGAUAUGCCCAACUUUGCGUGGUUAUAUGAGGCG